AUGGCAACCUCUGGUACGCAAUUAAAGGAUGUUGGAAAGCAACGUGGGUUGGAAAUUUGGCGAAUUAAGAAUUUCGCUCUGGAGAAGUUGUCAAGCGAUCAGUUCGGGAGUUUCUACGUUGGUGAUUCAUAUGUCCUUCUCUACACAAAAAAUCCAGGCGAAUGGAAUGUUCAUUUUUGGCUAGGAAAUGAAACAACUCAGGAUGAACAAGGAGCAGCAGCAAUUAUAACCGUAGAAAUUGAUGAUGCACUUAAUGGAUUACCUGUUCAAUAUCGCGAGAUAUGUCAUUACUUACGAUUUGAAACUUCUUUUUUUCAACCUAUGACUUAA